AAUUCCCGUGGAAAUGGAACCAUGAUGUAAAUGUACAAUGUGACUACGGUUCCACUGAGGUACUGAUCAAGAUGAACGACGUGGAGGUCGUGCGAGGCUACUGCAAUGUCUCCUGCCGGAAUGCUGAGCUGUUCCUCGAUCCACCGGUACAGGGGGAUCCUCCCUCUCAUCACUACUGCUUCGUCAACAACGGCACCUGGAACGGUACCGAGCCUGUCUGUAUCGGUGGGUUCGACAACUCGGUAGUAAGAGAGAGCGAGACGAACCGAGUCCGGCUGGUGGGGGGAGAUUUCUACGGCUGCGUGGAGAUGUACGAUGACGUCACGAGGCAGUGGGGGCCUGUCAGUGGUCUGGGCUUUGCUGAGUAUUACUAUACAUCAAACAGGGGGCCUCUGAUGGCCUGGGCUGACCUAGUCUGCAGGGAUGUCGGCUUUACUGGCGCUUUGGCCACUCACGCGUACCCAAAAGGCAGUUCCUUACUCAACCCCAUAUCAGACUACUUUCACCCCUCCUACUCUAGACCUAGCGACACCGGGCCCAUUUUCUUCCUGAACACGAGUUCCCCUGUGGCAGAGCGACGAUUUCAUUACCUGCAUGAGACCGUGGAGAGGGUGGACCGGGGCGACUGCACGGUAUCAGAGAUCAUAUCAGACUGUGAUCAAUACCUGAUGUGUUUGGCCUGUCAGAAGGAGGUACAAAAGAAGCCGUGUGGAGAUUUCCCGGACAUAUGGAACACCUCUGAUGUAACGGUACACUGCGACUACGAAUACCGUGAGACAUGGUGGGAGCCCAGCGUGGUGGAUGUCCUUGGACGCUGUACUGUUUCCUGCCUGGGUAGAACAAUGCUUGUGGGGUCAUCUCACCCAUCUGGAGAACUCGAGGCUAUCGCCCCCUACUAUUACUGCAACGCCAACAACGCCCAAUGGGACGGUGUCGGACCCAUCUGUAUCGGUGAGUUUUUCUCUAACUCGGAUGUUAGAGAAAGCAAAGCCAACCGAGUUCGGCUGGUGGGGGGACAGUUCUACGGCUGCGUGGAGCUGUACGAUGACGUCACACAGCAGUGGGGACCUGUCGUUGGGUAUGAGCACCCGUCACCGGUCACGCCGGAUACCCGGAUGGCCUGGGCCGACCUAGUCUGCAGAGAUGUCGGGUUUACUGGAGCUUUGGCCACUCAAGGGUUUCUACCAGGCGAGUCUGAGCUCACACCGAUGUCAAGCCACUUUUACCCCUCCUACACUAGGCCUAGCGAGACCGGUCCGAACUUCUUCCUGAACACCAGUUCUCCCGUGGUGGAGGGACGAGUUCAGCACCUGUACGAGACUGUGCUUCGGAUAGUCCAGGGCAAAU